AUGCGCAUCAUCAGCAGCCGGUCGUUGAACGGCGGCCGCGGCCGCGCUCUGCUGCGGCUGGUGUUCGCGGUGUUCGUGCAACUGCACGCCUGCGCGGCCGGACUGCAGCAGAACGCCGCGGCCGCCGAGAGCGCGGCCGCGGCCACGGCGGUGGUGCACAAGUGUUGCGGCCGCGACGAGAUCGUCGUCGUCAACCGGUGCCGGCACGCCAACGAGACCGGCACCGCGCCCUGGACGCCCGAGUUCAGCGCCAGCCACGAAGACGAACCCGCCGCGGGACAGAACACUCUGCCGGCAUCGUCCGUGUCCUUCAAAUUAGCUACCGGGUUCCCAAACUGUAAGACCCGUCAACAAUGGUUGGUGUACCAUUACCGCGGCUCUGGCGACCGUUUGGUGUUGUAUCCGAGCGGAAAACUCAGACACUACGUCCUCAAACACCAACACGGCAGCAAUGAAGAACAACAGCAACAGCAUCGAGACUUCAUAGUGGAUCACGAACGGUCCUUCGAUUACGAACAAGGAUUCUACUGUUUGGACAAAGUCAUUGACAUUGAUCGUCCGGACAUAAACGCACAAGUGGCCGUCAUCUGUACGCCACAGAUACCGUCACCCUGGACGGACUCUGAUUUCGUUAUGCGAAGGAUCGUGAACCCUAUUUGCCAUGCCAUUGCAAUGGCUUGCUUGCUGCUCGUCGCCGUCGUCCAUUUCGUGUUACCACAACUCAGAGACUUGAUCGGAAAUAUGGUCACUACUCUAGCCGGUUGUAUGAUCGUAGCCCGAAUUGCAAACAUCGUUCGCAUAUUCGUCGAAUACAACGGUCCCAUCAGCUAUUUAACAGCUGACGCGUUUCUUUACACGUCCACGCUCGGUUCGUUCUUUUGGCUGAACGCGAUGGGAUACUACAUUUGGCGUACAUUCAAAUCACGGAACGUAUUCCUGCGCAUUACCGAUGGACGCAAAUAUUGUUAUUACUCGCUGUACGUGUGGGGUUGCACGUUAACCAUGGGUGGCAUGGCGCUUUUUGCACAUCUAAUAUUGGAUUCACGUCACAACAACGUUAAUAGAAACUAUUCGUCGCAUCCGUCUACGACCACGUCAAUAGAAGGGGCCAUAGGGUGGCUCGGAAUUGCAGUCAUAUUCGUCCCAGUCAUAUGUACGAUUCUAGUCAAUUUAUUCUUUUACGUUUCCACCAAGACGGUUAUCAAACGGAUGUCGACAUAUGGUCAAAUCCAUCACAAAAUGAAAUAUAGUUUCGACAUGUUUUCCAAACUGUUCGCGAUCAUGGUGGUCGACCUGACGCUGUUCAUCUUGUCGUGGACUCAACACGACUCGCUGUUCUACGUGCACGUCGUCUUCAAUCCGAUCCAAGCGGCGCUAGUACUCUACGUGACCGUCAUCCGACCGAAACGCGUUAAGUUUCUGCUGCGCAAGGCCUGCUGCUACGAGCGGUGUAUUUUGCCGUGUUGCCGACCAAAAGAAACAGACGUACAAGCUGGCACCGAAUGGGGAGAGGAAAUGAUGGCAUUCAACACUUCUGACUAUUAGCGAUUUUUUUUCACCCAAAUUUCAUUUGACGAAACACGUAUUACGUAAUAUGUUUUAUAAGAAUGUACGUACUCUGUGUAAGUCAGGUAAUAAUGAUAUUAUUAUAUAGGUACUAAUAAAAACGAUCGUACGAAAACGAAUGUCGUCGUAUUUAUAUAACAUUAUGUCCUUAUUCGAUAGAUAUUACAAACCAUAAUAAUUAGAUUUUACAUUUUUAUAAUUAUUUUUAUUAUAUAUUUUUUUAUAUAUAUAUACAAAUCGCCAUUACAAUAAAUGCAAUAAUAAUAUUUAUACAAAAUAUAUGUAAGAUUUAGCGUGUACUUAUUAUAACUGCUGCUAUUUUAUCUACAGUGCCUACCUAUUCCUCAUUCCAAGUCAAAUAUAAUAAGCAAAUUUACACUACUACUUUUACUAUAGGAUAUGGGUACAAAACAUUCAAUACUUAGUGAUCUUGUUAAGUU